CUCAUUUUUGAAAGAAUCAGUCAAAUAAGAUCCCUUGCGUUGCAAUGAUCGGGAUAACAUCAUUUCUUGUAACUGCUGUAGUGUCCAUAAUUUUGUAUAUUUCGUAUCGAUAUUCAUUUAAAAGACCUGAAAAAUGUCCUCCCGGUCCUCCCCGGAUACCUAUUUUCGGGUCAUAUUUAUUUUUAAUGAUGGCUGGUGGCAAGUGGCUUCAUAAGGGGGCACUUUGGUUAAGCAAAUUUUAUAAAUCGGAUAUAAUAAGUUUAUACGUUGGUGAAUAUUUAAUUUAUGUUGUCCAUGAUGCUGAAGGUGUACGAGAAAUACUCAACAAUAGUGUCUACGAUGGAAGGCCGGACUUGUUUAUUGCUCGUAUGAGAGAUCCAGGACUUAAUAGAAAAGGUAUUUUCUUCCAAGAUGGCCCCAUUUGGAAAGAACAACGCCGUUUUAUACUCCGCCAUCUGCGUGACUAUGGAUUUGGUCGGCGUUUUCAAGAAUUAGAAUUGAUCAUAAAUGAAGAACUUCAUGAUCUUGUUGAUUUGAUAAAGAACGGACCAAAAUUUGAGCAUGAAAAGGAGAUUUCCAAAAAUGGAAAAAUGUUAUGUCCACAGAUUUUUGCUGCUUGUACAGCAAAUUGCUUGCUGCACGUUAUGUUUAACGAACGUAUUCCACGUGCCGAACAAAGCCGCCUAUUAGAACUUGGUAAAAAUGGAAUGAAAUUCCAAAGAAAUGCCGAUGAUUAUGGAAAAUUGCUCAGUAUUAUCCCGUGGAUUCGUCAUUUAUUCCCUCUAAUGAGUGGAUAUCAACAACUUACGGAGGCUAAUAAUUUUAUGUACAAAUUUUUUGAAAGUUUCAUAAGAAAAUAUAUGCAGAGUUAUACUGAAGGCUCGGAAAGAAAUUUCGUUGAUUUGUAUGUCCAACAAAUGAAUAAGGAAAAAUUAGAGGAAAAUCAUCAGACAACUUAUUCGUAUGAUCAAUUCGUUCUAAGUAUGGUUGAUUUUUCGAUUCCCGCUUUUACCGCAAUCGGUGUUCAAAUGUCGUUUAUAUUCCAAUGGCUGCUAAUAAAGCCUGAUGUUUUGAGGAAAGUUCAAGCUGAAAUUGAUGAGUUUGUUGGAACGGGAAGAUUGCCAUGUCUCGAUGAUCGAAAGAACCUUCAUUUUACCGAAGCGACUAUUCGAGAGGGAUUAAGAAUGGAAACUUUAGUUCCAUCGGAUAUACCGCAUGUAGCUAUGGAAGAUGCUGAAUUCUUUGGAUACGAAAUUAAAAAAGGUACCAUCAUAAUUCCUAGUCUGUAUGCUUUUCACUGUGAUAAAAGAAUUUGGAACGAUCCCGAGAACUUUAGACCAGAAAGGUUUUUAACAGAAGACGGAAAAUUGUGUUUGAAAUCCGAUGUAUCCCUUCCAUUUGGGGCAGGCAAGCGACUGUGUGCAGGUGAAACAUUUGCAAGGAAUAUGCUAUUUCUUUUAUUUUCAACUUUGUGUCAAAACUUUAAUAUUGUCCUAUCCUCUGGAGAAGCUCCACCAGAUAUGUCGAAAAAUUUGAGCGGGCUUAUAAUAUCUCCACCCGACUUCUGGGUAACCAUGGAACCGAGAUAAUAGUUAUAAAACUUAUUUAUGUGUGAUUUAUCGUUUGACUUUAUAAUUUAAGAAUAAAUUUAUAUACAGAUUCCUUUUUUGGGUACAAACAUUUUUUUAA